UUUAAUGGCUCCACAGCCGCUCUAUAAGAUUUCGUGGAUAUGGAGCGGUCGGUGGCUGGCUUUCUGUGCCACAGAUUAAACCGUCAUAUAAACAAGCGCCUUUCUUGAAGAUGGGAGAUUGCCCCACCUCACUUGCACAUAGAGCGUCUGGCGAGACUGGAAUUAUUUAAAAUGUUGGAUGAAGAAAUUCAGGCAAUUACGGAAAAUGUACAUGUACAGAACAAGGGAUUAAAGAAUAUCAUGAUGGCUACGACUAUAGAUCGCAUUAGCUAUGACCACCCAUAUAUUAUUAUAAAUAGCCCAAUGCGUCAUGGUUGCCAACAUAGUGGAGUUCACCUGUAACGCUGUACGUUAUAGUAUUUUGUUAUUGGUUUAAUAAUUCAUUCAAAAUAAUGUAUUUUAUAUAACAGAUUGAACUGACUAUGAGUAUAAUUUAUAGUGUUUCGUGUUAAAUAUAUAUAUGUGUAGAAAAUUCUAUCGAAUCUCUGAAAUUUCACUUGGUUUGACUUGAAGGUUAGAGUGACUAUUAUGCCGAAGAUUCGUUGUGUCGUUUUUAAACAUUAUAGUCUUAUCUUCAUCAGGAUUACCGUUUUCAUAUGGAUGUCGUGUUCUGAACCGGAUAGUUUCUAGAAAUCCUUGUUUAAAGGUUGAUGCAUUUCUUAUAUAUUGGAUACAACCGGUAGCCUGUCACAGUGUUGUUCAUUUGGUUAUAUUUACAAUUUGUGAUACAAGAAUGACGUUUAACGAUAACAAUAGAAAGAAACUUGUCACUAGGAUAAAACUUGCAGACAUUUAAUGUCCAACAUGGAAGAUUUGUUUAAAUGUCCUGUGUGUGAAGUGGUUUCUGGUAAUAAGAGUAGCCUUUUGUCUCAUGUUGACAAACAUAAAGGAUUUCCACUUUCUUGCAUAACAUGUCAUUCAAGUUUCAAGAAUAAAUUUUCAUAUGAUUGUCAUUUAGUUUCUGAAUUAUGUAAGAAGAGUAACAAGUGUGUAGGACAAUUGCGACAGUGCCCACAAUGCCCACAGACUUUUCCCAAUCGCAGACACCUCAACAAACAUGUUGAUGGUCACAGACGGAAUAAUUGUCAGUACUGUGAUGCUCGGUUCACAACGCGAAAGGAAGUAACACUUCACAUGGCACAAGAACACAAAAUGAAGCUGCAGAAGUCAAAGUAUCAGUGUCAAUUUUGUGAAAGGUGUUUUGUGAAGCAGGUGACCUUGUUUAAUCACUACAAUCAGCAUGCAAAUGGGAAGUUUGUAUGUCAGAGCUGCGGAUUAUUUCUGGACAGUAAGGCGGAGUUUGAGACUCAUAAGGAGAGGCAUGAGCUAGAAAGGCCGUGGAAAUGUACAAGAUGUGGGACAACCUUCUCACGUCGACAGCAGUAUGUGGUACACAUGGAGAGUCAUGAGAAGUACCAGUGUAAAACGUGCAAUGUGGGGUUUGCUGCCAAGGCUACACUCCAGGAACACUCAAGAGUGUGUCAGAAUCAGUCUGGUAAAGAGAGUCAAUAUGAGUGUCCUGAGUGUGGCAAGGUUUUCUCUCGUCAGGGGCAGCUUACGCUGCAUCUGAAGGCCCACACAGGCAAGAAACCACCUACACAGUCUAACUGCUCAGAUAAUCCCCCAGAGGAACCCUGUCCUGAACUAGAUGAAUCCAGUGAAGAAGCUUAUACCUGCCUAGUGUGUAAAAGUGGCUUCCAGACUGCUGAAGAUUAUAAUCAGCAUAUCCGGUCGACUUGCCAUGAGGUGGCCGAGGAUGACCCGAAUAAAACGCACAAGUGUGAGCAGUGCGACAGAUCCUUCUCACAGGCAAACCAUCUGGUGGAGCACAUGAAUCAACUGCAUGGUGCUACACGCUCCUACAAGUGCAAUUACUGUGAGCACUCCUCUAAUAGUAGGGCCAACAUGACACGACAUCUCGCCUUGCACACUGAGAGGUGUCGCUUUGUCUGUGACCAAUGUGGGGCAGCAUUUCAUGCAUUAACAACUCUCAAAGACCACUGUAAUUCUGUCCACUCAGAGUACCGAAACUUCUGUUGCACCACAUGCAAGAAGACAUUCAAAUUACAGAAUGACCUGAGAAGGCACAUUCGUAGUCACUCUGAUAUGCGACCAUUCAAGUGUCAAUAUUGUACCCAGGCAUACAAACGUGCGUCGCACCUCAGAAGGCAUGAGGAAUCUAUACAUGGGGCCAUCUUCAAACCCAGGAGAUUACAGAGACUCGGGCGUGACGAAACAUGUGCGUUAGUUCGUGUUGUCGAUGAGUCUAAAUCGUCAAGUGGCGGAAUGAAGGAAGAAACCUCUGUAGUGCCCCAAGAUCAUCUCUGGACCUCUGCUGCUACAUCUCAAUCUGCUACUACUUCUAAAGCAUCUGUUUUUACAAAUCCAGUUUUGUCUUUGGUUGAUGCAGAUUCAGGCAAAGUAAUAACACUGCAGGAGCUGUGUACUGUGUCAGAAGCCCAGAUUCUGACUACGACCGGUAACUUAUCGACGGCCGAAGUGCUGACCUUACCGCCUGAUGACACACUGGCUACUAUUGUUACAUGUACAGAUGGCACCACGUUAGAUUCAUUUCAGUCUGGAGAAGUGUUGCAAACAAUUGAAGUGACCUAUGACUUAACCUUCCCAACUUCACAGACCUUAACAACUGUGUUGUCUAGUUCUGAACCUCAAUUAGUCUUUGCAACACCGAUCACUAUGUCUCUUGAUGAGCACUCGACAGUGCUAACGGUGUCAGAAGUACAUCCUACUGGUAAUUUGAAUGGAAAAGUGCAGUUGCUGGAUCCACAUGAUGCUUCAAAACUCCCUGACACCAUCUUCAUUGAAGAAGGAAAACUCGAAGGUCUUGAGGAGGCGAUGUUAUUAGACAGCAUAGAGCCAGCACGGCACAUUACCUUAGAAAACUUCUCUGCACUCGAUGAUGGGGCGUUGCAGACGCAGGUCGGGAUGACUGCUAGCUCAGCUGUCACUUUGCCAAACUUGCCAAAUUCAGUUGAGUCAGUAUUGCAGUUAUGUCCUGAACGGCUGCCAGUGUCAAAAGACUGCACAGUCUUGUCUGACGGUCUUCUUACCUCCAGUUCUCUGCUAAGAGAACGUCUUAUGUGUGGACCAAAGUUGAGGUCCUCAGCUUUACAAUCUCUACACCAUGUCCCAUCACAAUGCAAUGACGAUUUGGAUGCCAUAACUGUGACCUCAAUUCCUUUUCCAGCAAAUGUAACUGACAGUAGUACACAACCUCAUCAUGCUGUCUCAACACCCACUGUCUCAUUUCCAUUUCCCAGUGCAUCUACUGAUGGUUCCCAUCUGGACUCUAUGUUAUCGAUAUCAAAUUCUACGACACCCUCGUAUGCAAGUAUAAAUGUUGAAAGUGCCAACCGUAAUUCUGUAAUAACUUCUUUUUGUGUUCCAAAUUCCAUUCAUUCAUCAUGCACUGACAUUUCCACUGACGGAACAAAAACAGAUUCUUCGAUUUCUCAGCUGUCGGUUCCAGAUUCUGUUCUGCAAUCUCACACCGACAUCCGUCUCAGAGAUACCUGUGCCAGCAGUCACGUCACGUCCGUCUCUGUUACAGCUUCCGUGCGCAAUGUACGUGCUGCCAUAUCUUCUGCAGGCGCAAACCAUGAUUCGUCCAUUUCUGCUUAUAUCGUUCCAAAUUCAAGUGCAUCUGUGGGAUCUGGCAUUUCUUAUGACACUGUUGAUCUUAUUCAUCCCCUGUGCCAAAAUAUAUCUGGCAUCACAAAUGAUUCUGAAACUAUUUCUACUCUUACUAUUCCAAGUUCAGUUCAGUCUUCACGUUCUGACAUUGACAGCAUCCCCACGGGCACUUCAGUUUCAGCACCGUCUGUCGGUGCUGUGGACGUAAGUAUUUCUGAAACAGGUAUCCAUCCCAGUUGCACCAUUUCAUUACAGCCCCAAGAUGCUAGCGUGGCUGUUGAAGGAACUCCCGCAGAUUUGACGUUGGCACCCUUGCCUGUAUCCACUCAAAGACAUCCAUCCUAGUUCAUCACUCACCAGUGCUAUUCAUCCCUUACAUAUAGAUAAGAAUCCAAACAUGAUGCCAGAUUUCUUAUCUCAGAACCUGCCAUUUCUGAACGUAGAAUGAAUUUGUAAUAAUAAUAUUCAGGACUUUUCAAAUCUUAGUAUUUGUUAUGAUGUUUUCUUAUUUGUAUUUUGUUAUUUACUUUUCCAGUUGCCUUGUCGUUCAGCUUGCGGUAUUGAUUAUCUUAGAGCGCACUUAUUUCUCCAAAUAUAAUAAUGUGCAUCCCCAAUUUGAAAAGUUAAGUUUAGAAACAAAACAAAAAAAUGUGUUACACUUCGGUUAUACACAUUUUAUUGAAUAUUUUCUGAAUAUAGUAAACGUUUUGAUAUCUUUUCAGAAAUCUUACGUGGUUAUACGUAUCAUUGA